AUGGCCACCAAUUCUAUAAAAUUGCUGGCUCCUGACGUAAAUCGUGGGCUCGCUGAGCUAGUUGCGAAAAGACUUGGGUUGAAAUUGACCGAUACUAAACUGAAAAGGGACCCUACGGGCGAGGUAUCGUUCUCUAUUCAAGAGUCUGUUAGAGACCAAGAUAUUUUCAUUAUCACGCAAAUCGAUUCUGGCGUUGUUAAUGACCGUGUCCUCGAACUGCUAGUGAUGAUCAAUGCUUGCAAAACUGCCUCUGCCAGAAGAAUUACAUCAGUACUUCCAAACUUUCCUUAUGCGAGACAGGACAGGAAAGACAAGAGCCGCGCUCCUAUCACGGCAAAACUAAUGGCCGAUAUGCUGACAACAGCGGGCUGCGAUCAUGUUGUAACCAUGGACCUACACGCUUCUCAGAUUCAAGGGUUUUUCGAUGUACCCGUAGAUAAUCUGUACGCUGAGCCAAGUGUCGUAAGAUAUAUCCGCGAACACAUUAACUUUAACGAAGCCAUAAUAAUUUCUCCAGAUGCAGGUGGUGCCAAAAGGGCCGCUGCUUUGGCCGAUAGAUUGGAUCUAAAUUUUGCUUUAAUUCACAAGGAAAGAGCUAGAGCAAACGAAGUUUCCAAGAUGGUCUUGGUGGGUGAUGUGACAGAUAAAAUUUGUAUCAUCGUAGAUGAUAUGGCGGAUACCUGUGGGACUCUUGCCAAGGCUGCCGAGGUCUUACUAGACAAUCGUGCUCAAUCAGUCAUUGCUAUUGUAACCCAUGGCGUAUUAUCUGGCAAGGCAAUUCAAAAUAUCAAUAACUCCAAACUUGACAGUGUCGUUUGCACUAAUACGGUUCCAUUUGAGGAGAAAAUGAAGUCGUGCCCAAAGUUGGCCGUGAUUGAUGUUAGUGCCGUUUUGGCAGAGAGUAUCCGUCGUUUGCAUAAUGGUGAGAGUAUUUCAUAUUUGUUUAAGCACUCUCCCCUAUGA